UACGGACGCGGUGACAGCUGCGGACGUGUAUUUUUGGUUCUCGUAUUAAUUUAUCUUUUAAAUUGUUAAAAACAAGUAUAUUUGGAUUUCAAAAGUAAUCAUUCUGCUCCUUAAAGUGUAACCUUUAAAACUCUAUAUUCCAUUAUUCUGGAUCUGAAAUAGUUUUGAUAUAGUGAUCAAAUUAAGUUAUUCUAACCGUUAAAUUCUACUCGACUUAGUGACCGUGAAUUGUGCUAAGUGACCUUGUGAGCUUCAAUGUCAAUAAUUGUUCAGUAAUUACUCACAACCGCACUCACUGCGCUGUAUAUAUAUUUCAUAAUUUCGAAAAAGUAUCUUAAGUUGUCGCUGGCGCGGAGGUGCAAGCGCAAAGUGCGACAUUGACGGAGGUUGCGGGUUCAAGUCUUGGAAUUCAUCCUUUAUUUUUUUUUUUUUUUUUUUUAUUAUUAUUGUUGUUAUUUUUUUUUUUUUUACAAUGUCGUCAGACAAAAUACAAUGUGCUGGAUGCCUUAAAUUAAUUGAAAACAAGAGAUAUCUUUAUUGUGGUGGAUGUAAUCAACACUUUGAUUUGGAUUGCGCAAAUAUAUCCGAGCAGCGCUUUUAUAACACCUUAACGAAGGAGCAUAGAGAUGCGUGGCGGUGUGUGAUGUGUAAAAGCAGGCAACCUAAAUUCGACAAUACGAAUACUCCUGUUCGAGCAGCAGUAGAUGGUGUUACUGUGCAGCGCGGAGGAGCAGUUCCGGGCUCACCCUUGCAUAUGGAUAUUUCUCUGGCAGAGCAGUCAAUAUUAAAUGAUACCACUCUAAAUACCACCAGCGAAAUAACGGAUAUACAAGCGCUUACUAUGGAGAUACGUCUUUUUAGAGAUGAAAUGAAGUCGACACGGGCUCAGUUAAAAACUUUAAAUGAGACAUUGACUGCAAUCUCGAGUAGAGUUAGUGCAUGCGAGAGUCGUAUGGAUAAGAUAGACGAAUGCAUUAAUAGCUUGGAGAAUCGGAUGGGCAAUAUGUCCGGUGUGCAGCAAUGUGACACAUCACUUCUCGCUUCUAUUAACGAGUUAAAAAUGGACAUCAACGAUAGAGAUCAAGAUCUUUUAUUGAACGAUAUAGAAAUAUCUUGUAUUUCGGAGCAAAAAGAGGAAAGCCUGUCGCAUGUUGUUACGACUCUCGCUGUUAAGCUGGGUGUUAAUUUGUCCGAUCAGGACAUAGUGAGUGCGAGACGUGUGGGACGCAUGGCAGAGUCUCUAGAAGUGAGUUCGGAGCGCCCUCGUCCUAUUGUGGUACGACUGGCGCGCCGUGCUAUCCGUGAUCAGCUGCUACAGGCUGCGCGGGUACGCCGCGGUGCCACCACGGAAGGAACGGGACUGCCAGGCGUACCGCGCCGCUUUUAUUUAAAUGAGAGGUUGACAAAGGUUAACAGACAACUAUUUCGACGCGCACGGACUUUUUGUAAUCAGUAUAAAUGGCGCUACGUGUGGACAAAGGAAGGCAGGAUAUAUGUGCGGCAAUAUCACGAUAGAGAUUCUCCACGUUUGCGUUUGCGGACGGACGAUGAUUUUGUUCGAGUUUUUGGUCCGGAAGCGGUUCGUUCUAUUUUUUAAAUCUCUACGUUACACAUAUUUAGUACACUGCUGUAAUUACAUUUUCUUCGA